AUGAAAACAGCAGGAGACGAGGACAACAGGAGACAAGGACGAAAGGAGAUGAGGACAACUGGAGAUGAGGACGACAGGAGACGAGGACAGCAAGAGAUGAGGUUGAAAGGAGAUGAGGACCACAGGAGACAGGGACAACAGGGGACGAGGACAACAGGAGACAAGGAACUUGUGUCUGUCACAGACAAACAUGAGGAGAAACAUGAGGAGAAACAUGAGGAGAAACAUCAGGACAAACAUGAGGAGAAACAUGAGGAGAAACAUCAGGACAAACAUGAGGAGAAACAUCAGGACAAACAUGAGGAGAAACAUCAGGACAAACAUGAGGAGAAACAUGAGGAGAAACAUGAGGAGAAACAUCAGGACAAACAUGAGGAGAAACAUGAGGAGAAACAUCAGGACAAACAUGAGGAGAAACAUCAGGACAAACAUGAGGAGAAACAUCAGGACAAACAUGAGGAGAAACAUGAGGAGAAACAUGAGGAGAAACAUCAGGACAAACAUGAGGAGAAACAUCAGGACAAACAUCAGGACAAACAUGAGGAGAAACAUCAGGACAAACAUCAGGACAAACAUGAGGAGAAACAUCAGGACAAACAUGAGGAGAAACAUCAGGACAAACAUGAGGAGAAACAUCAGGACAAACAUGAGGACAAACAUCAGGACAAACAUGAGGAGAAACAUGAGGAGAAACAUCAGGACAAACAUGAGGAGAAACAUGAGGAGAAACAUCAGGACAAACAUGAGGAGAAACAUCAGGACAAACAUCAAGACAAACAUGAGGAGAAACAUCAGGACAAACAUCAGGACAAACAUGAGGAGAAACAUCAGGACAAACAUCAGGACAAACAUGAGGAGAAACAUCAGGACAAACAUGAGGAGAAACAUCAGGAGAAACAUGAGGACAAACAUGAGGAGAAACAUGAGGAGAAACAUGAGGAGAAACAUCAGGACAAACAUGAGGAGAAACAUGAGGAGAAACAUCAGGACAAACAUGAGGAAAAACAUCAGGAGAAACAUCAGGAGAAACGUCAGGAGAAACGUCAAAACAAAUGUCAACAGAAACAUGAGGAGAAACGUCAAGAAAAUAUCAGGAGGAACAUCAGGGGAAGCAUCAGGAGAAACAUCAAGAAAAACAUCAGGAGAAACAUCAGAAGGAGCCUCAAACUCUUCACACCAAUUGCACCAAACUUAAUAUCUCAAUAA